GGGGACGUCGCCCCGCCCCGACGUCGCUGCGUACGCGGGUCGCCCGGUGCCGGAUGACCCGGCGCGCCGCAUUCACCUCCCGCCGCGUGCUUCCGCCUGGUCCCACAGCCCCGCCCCGCGUCGCCCCGCGUCGCCCCGCGUCGCCCCUGCCGGCUCUGCCGCCGCAGCCAUGUGGGCGGUAACGCCCCGCCGGUGCGGGUUUCGCGAGGGGCUCCGGGCGUUCCUCCGCGGUGGCCACGCGGCUCUCCCUCCGGGCGGGGCGCGGGCCCUGCGUGGCUCGCCGGUCUCCUGCGGCAAGAACCUACUCAAGAAAUUCGCUUCGAAAACCAAAAAGAAGUUUUGGUACGAAGGUCCUUCCUUGGGCUCUCACUUGAUGUACAAGCCGUCCCGGCUGGAGUUCCUAACGAAGAGCACCUCGAAGAAGACCAGGAGGGACGAGCACGUGCGCCUGCGGGCUCUGAACGGCCUCCUCUACAAAGCGCUCACGGAUCUGCUGUGCACCCCGCAAGUGAGCCAGGAGAUCUGUGACCUGAACGUGCAGCUGUCCAAGGUGUCUCUGACCGCAGACUUCUCUGCCUGCCGCGUGUACUGGAGGACCGAGGUCCCUGCCGAGCGGAACGCAAGCACGGAGGCCGUCCUGCAGAGGAGUGCCGCCCACAUGAGGCACCUGUUGAUGUCCCAGCAGACCCUGAGGAGCGUGCCGCCAAUUGUGUUCAUUCGGGACAAAGGAAACGCGGCUCUGGCGGAGGUUGAGCGGUUGCUGGCUGUGGCCGAUCUGGGACCCCGGGAUGAGAAGGAAGACUCUGUGCAAGAGGACAUCAGCGGCCCCGGGGCCCGGGACGCUCCUGCUCCGCGAGGCACCCCGACCUCUGCCACAUGCUCAAGUCUGUGUGGGAUCGAUCAUGAGGCGCUCAACAAACAAAUCAUGGAGUACAAGAGGAAGCAAGGGCACAGGACCGUGAGUCCCGAGGAGUCGCGGCUGACGGCUGAUCUGACGGCGGAGAUGAGAGAGGGGAAGGUGGCAGCCUCACCCUGUGCAGAUGGGGACCUCUGCCCCGGGAAUCACCUGCUGGGGGCGGCGGGCGGCAACCCCAGCCCUGACCUGGGGGGCCCCCGGGGUGCGGACAGCAGCCCCAAGCGGCAGGGCGGGCGGCGGCCAGGGGCAGAGAGCGGGAGGUGGGGAGGGGGUGGGUCCUGAAUGUCAGCUGUGCUGACGGAACCCAGGGCUCCUCGGGGGCUGUGCUGCCCCCGACACAGGUGCACUUGGACCUUGCAUUGAGAAGGGCAGUGGCCGUGGGAAGCGUGGGACAGUCCGUCAGCACGCCGGCCGCCGUCGGUCCUCCUCACGAGUGCCUGCACAUGCACA